GGUGCGGUCGAAAGCUGCGCUUGUUUCUCUUGCACUCGGGCAACGAGAGCGAUAGGGAGAGUAAGAGUGUGAGUGAAGGGAAGAAAGAAAGACACAAAAACACACACACUGCGGGCGUUGCCGUUCAAUGGAGAUAAAGUGCAGCUGUGUUUCGAUGUUGUCGCUGUGACUCUUACAAGGACCUGCACUUCAUCUUAGCCAUGGCUCAGAUCCUUCAUCUCGAGAUUCCGAAUUUUGGGAACAAUGUCCUGGGAUGCCUGAACGAACAGCGGCUAAUGGGGUUAUUUUGUGAUGUCUCUAUUGUGGUCAAAGGUCAAGCCUUCAAGGCACACCGUGCCGUGCUGGCUGCCAACAGCCUCUAUUUCCGGGACCUGUUCAGUGGCAACAGCAAAAGUGCAUUUGAGUUGCCCGCCACAGUACCGCCUGCCUGCUUUCAGCAGAUCCUCUCCUUUUGUUACACCGGCAAGCUCACCAUGGCAGCCAGCGAGCAGCUGGUGGUGAUGUACACAGCAGGCUUCUUGCAAAUACAGCGCAUUGUCGAGAAAGGGACUGAACUGAUGUUCAAAGUGAGCUCCCCACACUGUGACUCUCAGACGACCUCCAUCGAAGACACUGGCUCCGCGCCACAGAGUCCUUGCCCCCUACAGCUAACUGCCACCCCGACAGUUGUGUCUCCAGCAUUACCUAUUCCAUUGCUUUCUCGGGUGAAGAGUGAACACUGUGAGCAAGAUCUGACGAUGCCUGGCAUUCAUGCCCUUGCAACAAAGCGUCCACUGGAGGCUAGCCAGCGUGAGAGUGCCAGCCACCUAAACUAUGCAACACCUUUGAAGUUACCCAGAGUUUCUUAUUCUGGAUCUUGGGGCGCCACACCUUUUGUUCAGCCGGUAACCUAUGUUCAAACAGAGCGCACAAGCCCAGGCGGAAGCAGUAAUCAAACCACAGACAGUCCAACUUCAUACCAUAACGAGGAAGAGGAUGAUGACGAUGAAGCAUAUGAGACAAUGGCAGAAGAUCAAUAUGGACAGAUGUAUAUCAAGGCAUCAACGGGAUACCCUGCACAAGAGAAAGUUGGGCAGUUGUCAAGCCACUUGACAGUAGAAAAUCGCUCCUGUGUGCUUGUUCGUCGUGAUCUGGUCGCACUUCCUGCUAGUCUCAUCAGUCAGAUUGGCUACAGAUGUCACCCGAAGCUGUACUCAGAGGGUGAUCCUGGUGAGAAGCUAGAACUUGUCUCAGGUUCAGGAGUUUAUAUCACACGAGGUCAGCUGAUGAACUGCCACCUCUGUGCAGGGGUCAAACAUAAGGUCCUCCUCCGCCGCCUACUUGCCUCAUUCUUUGACCGCAACACUUUGGCAAAUAGCUGUGGCACUGGAAUUCGUUCCUCCACUAGUGACCCCAGCAGAAAGCCUUUGGAUAGCAGGGUCCUGAAUGCAGUAAAAUUAUAUUGUCAGAAUUUUGCUCCCAAUUUCAAAGAAAGUGAAAUGAAUGUGAUUGCUGCUGACAUGUGCACUAACGCUCGAAGGGUUCGCAAACGCUGGCUUCCCAAGAUCAAAUCGAUGUUGCCUGACGGGAUGGAAGUGUACCGUACAGUUAUUGGCGACGCAGGUGGUGGAGGCAGCUUGGACCCGGAGCUGUAUGGAACUGGGUCGACAUUUGAGCAAAGUAGCCAAGCUGAGAAGAGAAAUGACCCUGGGACUGUACUUGGAGAAAGAACAAAUCCUGUCAGCAUAGACGUGGAGUCCCCCAAAUCCGACCAGUCCUGUGAACAGAAUGAAAUGAUGGAGUCGGUAAUAAGAGAAGCUGCUGGAUCUAAUAUUUUGGCCCCUGACACACCCAGCACAGGCCACACUUUUGAUCAAGAGGAAGCUUCCUCUAACAAUAGAUCUGAAACACCCAUGCGCAAACUGGAUGGAACGUAUGCAGGGACCUUGUGAAGAUUUUCACUGUGGUCAGAAGGAAGCGCAUCAUGUUAUUUGAAAUGGCUUGCAUGCAUACUAACACUCUCAACAUUUGGCAGUGUUACUUAAGCCACUGACCUGUACCCGUUGCCUGAAGACGUAACUUUUAUCCCACCUGUAUACAGUAUGCCAUGAAGAAAUGAAGACGCCUUUAUAACACUGAAACAGAUCUUUCCAGUUCAACUCGUCUUAUGGAGGCGACAACAGAAUUUGCAGUCUCUUCCCAUCGAAAGGCCGGAAUGAGGAGCAACUGGGGUGAUUUGAAAGUUGCCUUUCAUGAUGGUAAAUAGUGUCCAGAUCAUUUUAGCACUGUUGGCCCAUUAACAAACUCUUAAAAUGGAACUGACCUGCACAUACAAAAACACACUAACUGUGAUGGAAAAUGGGAUCGCAAAGUGUAAUUUUUUUUUUUAAAAAGAAAAAUUAUGUUCUCAUCCUUGUGUCAAUCUGGCUCUGUUCUUCCCAUACCGCCAUGGCCAAGUAAACUACUAGUGUGUGCUAGCUUAUCUAGCUGGAAUUUAAUAUUUAGCAUAAUCUGACUGUUGAAAUUU